CUUCGGAAAGGCUUAAGUCAUUUGAAAUGUACUAUCAUGGGUUGACUGGCAGAGUUGUUGGAAUCUUCAAUAACACAUGUCACAUCCGAUAUCAUCAGUUGUACUAUGUGCGCCCCUGUCCACUCAUGGUGUGGUGUAACCGGGACUCCUACAGUUAUUACCCGGUGCAAGUAAACCUAGUCGCCAACCUUCAAAAGAGCACCGAAUACUUCCUUGUGGUAAUAGUCUUUCUGUCGUCGGUGAACGUUCCCAAGAUGAACGUGUGCCGCUUGAUGUGUUUGAGAAAGGGACUCAAGAAGUCUGCUAACACUGUCACCGAUGAGUGUGACAGUUGCGAAACUGGUAGUCGAAUGUCAGACGGUAAUCGGACUUCUCUUCCGGUCCACAAAAAAAUGGUGUUUGACCAAUAGUGGCGUUAAGUGUGCUCCGAUAUGCCAGCAAGCACUUUGGCAAUAUGGUCCCACUCACUUACAUUUUGAUCCACAAAGGCUUCCAGCAGCGAGUUCAGCGACCGAUUUGUACGCUCGACUUGCCCGUUGCCUUGGGAAUGGUAAGCCGUCG